AUGCCGGAAGGUAAGUCGGAGAGACAUCGCCGCCGUUCUGGCCAAGGGUCAGGAUGGUGCAACCACGGUCUCCGCAACAAUGAUUUUCGCCGACAAGGCCGGAAUACCGAUUUUUGUCACCGGGGGGAUCGGUGGAGUACAUCGUGGGGCGGAUGCUACCUGGGAUGUUUCAGCCGACCUUACAGAGCUUGGGCGGACCGCUGUUUGUGUUGUCUGCGCGGGUGCAAAAAGCAUACUGGAUCUUCCGAGGACUCUCGAAUUCCUGGAGACGUUCUGCCGACAAGUUUAUGCGUGCAGCAACGGGAAGCGUCGUGCGUAGAUUGGCAACGAGGCAAGGUGUUUGUGUCCUGCCCUCAGCAGAUCUCAGGUGAAGGGCAUCAGCUGCUAGCGCCUGAGGUGGCUGGGUACAGGACCAGUGACUUUCCGGCCUUCUUCACGCCACGGAGUGGCCUGGCAACUAGCUGCAGUGUUGAUGGUCCAGAAGAGGCUGCAGAAGUCUUGGCACAGCAGCGGCAGGCCUGUCUUGGCUCCGGCAUGGUGCUGGCCGUGCCGGUGCCUGAAAGCCUGGCUGCGGAGGGUGCCAGGGUGGAGGAGGCAACGAGGACUGCAGUGGAGGAGAGCACAAAGCUUGAAAUCCGUGGGAACGAGGUCACACCCUUCUUACUCAAGCGCAUCAACGAGCUCACGGGUGGGGAGUCGCUGCGCUCUAACAUAGCUUUGAUCAAGCACAAUGCCGAGGUCGGAGCUGCUGUGGCGCUGGAGCUUGCGAAGCGAACGUGUGGCAUUUGUGGCAACUCAAUUCGGGUUCACAUCCGCGUGCGGCCGCCAACCGAGCGCGAGAUUGCAGUUGGGAGUGCGCAGGCAGUCUUUGUGGACGGAAGCUCCGUCAUCGUCAAGUCUGACCCGCCCAGGAGCUUCGCGUUCGAUGGUGUUCUUGGAGAGUCCUCCUCCCAGCAGGACGUUUUCGAAUCUCUGGGAAGGAUGGUUGGCUCCAGCUGCCUAGCCGGCUACAAUGGGAGUGUUUAUGUUUACGGACAAACGGGGGCUGGCAAGACACAUACAAUGUGUGGCCCAAUAACAUCUGUGCAGUCUAUGCAGUUCGACGAGCGCCGUGGCAUCAUCUGCCGAAUGCUCGAUUACGUGUUCUCUGAGGUUGCAAGAAGAGGGACGGAAGACUCUGGGGUCGAGCAUUCCUGCAGGUGCUCUUUCCUCGAGAUCUACAAGGAACAGGUCACAGACCUCCUGGAGCCGGCCAACACCAACUUGCAAGUGCGGGAGGACAUGAACCGCGGGGUGUACGUGGAGAGGCUGAGUGAAGUCACUGUGGGUUCUCUGACAGAAGCCUUUCAGGCGCUUUGGCGCGGGUUGCAGCAACGGCAAGUUGGCUCUACCCACAUGAACGAGCGCAGCUCAAGGUCUCAUGCGGUUUUCACGCUCUAUGUCGAGGCAGCACGCACACGGGCGGGGGUCACCUCCACACGUGUAGCAAGCUUGAGCAUGGUGGAUCUGGCAGGUUCGGAACGUCAGCAGCAUCUUGGUGACCCUGGGACGAGCACGGUCCAGCCAUACGAAGCUUUGCGGGUCAGAGAAGCCGGUGCCAUCAACAAGAGUCUGAGCGCGCUGACAAACGUGAUCAUGUCAUUGUCCAGGGAGGAGAGGUCGCGUAAACGAAGUGGCGACGGCCGGCGAAGCAACUAUGUCCAUUACAGAGACAGCAAGCUGACUUUUCUUCUGCGCGAUUCUUUGGGCGGAAAUUCGAAGACGGUUCUCGUCGCAAACGUCUCGCCUUCGCAGCUGUGCCUCUCCGAAACCUUGUCCACGUUGAAAUUUGCGGCGCGUGCAAAGCACAUUCGCUGCACCGUGGUCCGAAACGAGGCUUUUAGCGGCACAGUGGAAAGCCUGAUGGAAGAGGUGCAGAUACUGCGGAACAAGUUAGCUCAGCUGAGUGGCCGGAGCUUUGACAGAACGCCUGUUCAGUCGCAGCUCAUGUCGCCGGGGAGCAUCUCUGAGGGUGUCGAGGAUGAGCCUGAAGCAGAAGACGUGGGUUUCCGAGAUGCAGCGAACAACGACCUCGAGGAGCAGAGCCUCAGCGACCGGCAGCGGAUCGCUCGCUUGGAGGUGCUGCUCUCGGCGGCCUUGGAGCGCGAGGCCUCGGCGGAGCAGCGGCGCUUUCGCCUCAAACGCCUGGCCAACUUCCUCGAGGACUUGGAUUUCCGCAAGUGCCACCGAUUGCGCAAGCUGCAUGCGGAGUAUGUCUCUCAACUGGCCCCACAGGUGGAGGGUUCGGCCAUUGCAGACGACAUGGAAGUCCGGGAGUUAUCUGCGAAACUGAAGAGCUUCGGCCACCUUCUGGGAAACCUCACGCGAGGUGCUCGACUGGAGGAUGGGGACUACGGCUACGGUGCCGGAAUGGACUCGGAUGCACAGUCUACAGAAGCCUCGUCUGGCACGCCGAUGGACAGCAUCGAGGACCAGGCUGCCAUCUCGGGCGAUGAAGCGAAGUUCAUUCGAGAAGAGAAUCGCAUGCUCAGAAGGCAAUUGGAGAAUCAUCCAGAGGUGCAGCGCAUGAUCGCAGAGAACUGGGCUCUGCGGGAAGAACUGCGAGCGUUGGAUCCAACAGGUUGGCCACGGGUUCCCGGACAGCCAGUGUCGCCUGCAGGCUUGGGAGAUGGCGAAAGAGCCCUGCCUUCGCCACCUUCCAUCAGCUCGGAGGUUCUGGCCAGUGUCGAAGCAGACGACGAGAGCUCGAGCAAGACCUGGUUCUACUUCCAGAAGAUGGCGAAGGAAGUCGAGGAGCUCAUGCGGGCCAAGGAGAGCCUCUCGCGUGCAAUCGAGCGGACGCAGAGAGACCCCAGCGGCGCAAGCCAGGGAGUGAGCAGCAUGGUGCAGAGCUUGACGAGCCAGCCUGCGAAGGAAGCUUCCGGUGCAGUUCCUGUUUCUUCGGUCGUUGAGCUGGACAUUGCCACCCAAGAGGCCCUGAAGCAGGCUCAAGGACUCCUUCAGGGGCCCGGCUGCGCCCGGUUACCGGCCGUCACCGCGGCCGGUGCUGCAGGGCGGCGCGGUGCGAAGGAGGUGGAUGAUGGUCGCUCUCCAGAGCGAGGAUUCGGGCCUCCGGAGCAGGUUGGGACGGCGCCAUGUGACGACGAAGAGCGCUUUAAGCAGGCCGUGCAGCGCAUACAGCAACUGCAGGGCACCGUGGACUUGAUCAGUGCUGCCUACGGCGAUGCCUUCGAUGAGUUCCAGCGCUUGAGAGAGGAGUACGAGAGCCGGCUCGAAGAGUGUCAGUUCUUUGAGUUGCAGUGCAGUCGUCUAAACCUCACCUGCCUCGAUCUAGCGGAAAGGCUUAGCGGUGGCAAGAGCGCCAUGCGUCCACGCCCGGGCUUCAGCACGACAGGCCUGUGGCACUCGCAGAGCGCAGUGGAGAGACAGAAGCGCAGCUUCUCUAUGUCGUCCUUGCGAGAUGCGACCUUCUGGCAGCAGAGGUUCGAGGAGCUUAGAGAACUGACCGGAGCAGACCCUUUGCCAGAGGACUUGAGCGUCACCGAGACGCCCGCGUCAAGCGAGUCUCUUCACAGCUCGACUCCAUGGAUGCUCGGAGACAUCGACUCAGGGAACGUUGUCCAGUCCAGCUCCCUGUCUGCGCUGCGGAGCGAGACCAGGCCGCAGAUGCAGUACGCAGGAACUUCAGCCUCGGCCGACGACUUGCUGCGGAGGGUUUGCUCAGCACCUGUUUUGGCAGGUUCCAUGCAGGCUUCGACUGCCCCCGUCCAGCUUCCAUGCUCAUCAUCUGUCUCGGAAGAGGUGCCACUUUCCAAGACAACUUGGGCCACUCCAAGAGCUGGCAUGGCACCUGUCGCAGCAUGCGCACAGGCGCAGGCGACCCAGGCCACUCUGGGGCAAUCGCCUCAGCCGUUGACGCCGAAAGUUGCAACAAUCCUGACGGUGGCCGUGCCCGCGGAGGAGCGGCGUUCUUCGAGUGUCACUACGCACCGGCAAGUUCUCAUGCUGCCCAAGCGGCUCAAUGACGCAUCCAGACCGACCUCGCAACGCGCAACCUUUCCGAGUCGACCAAGUGCCUAUGCGCAGGUCAUUGCUCAGUCGCCACCCAGGAGUGCGCCAGAAUAUGCUGCUGUCAUGGCUCCGCGAGGGCACAGCCUUCCUGCACCAGCGGGACCACCGCAAUCUCACAGGUACCGUCUGCAAGCAGGUGGACGCUUUGUUUAG